GGACUCGGAACAGAGAACACCACGAAGAACAAGAACAAGAAAUUCUGGUGGACUCGUGGUUGCCAAGCGCCUCCCUCUUUUGUUCUUAUAAAAAGGGAAGGAGCGGAGCCCGGAUCGAUCCCGACAAGAUUCACAUAGCCACCUGCCUCCCACCACCACCGCCACCAGGAUAUUCUUGGUGGGAUCUGCGGCGGCGAAAUACCCCAUCUGAAGUUCUGAACUCGGGUGAGCAGAGGAGGAGGGAGAUGGCGGCUAAGGAGGCGCUGACGCUGCAGGAGGUGGCCAAGCACAACACGAAGGACGACUGCUGGCUCAUCAUCGCUGGCAAGGUGUAUGAUGUGACCAAGUUUUUGAAUGACCACCCUGGAGGCGAUGAUGUUCUGUUGUCAUCGACCGCCAAGGACGCGACCGAUGACUUUGAGGAUGUCGGGCACAGCACCACCGCACGUGCAAUGCUUGACGAGUACUACGUCGGCGACGUGGACGCGUUGACAAUACCUGCCAACAGCAAGUACACUCCGCCGAAGCAGCCGCACUACAACCAGGACAAGACCCCGGAGUUCAUCAUCAAGAUCCUCCAGUUCCUGGUCCCCCUAGUCAUUCUGGGCCUGGCAGUCGCCGUCAGGAUGUACACCAAAUCGGAGUCCGCUUAACUUAGAUUCGUUUUUUUCUGUUGAAAUAAGUAAGUUUAGCGGUUUUCUUUUGUCGCUUGAUCUGUUUGGAUGUAAACUGUCAUUGAGUUGGUGGUCGAUCGAGUGCUGUGAGGUUUUGUGGUGUUAGACAUGGUGAAAUGAAUUAAUUGAUUGGGCUAGAAGUUUUGAUCUGAAAAUUCGUGAUAUUCAUGGAUGUUGUUUCCAUUAUC